GAGGCCCAUGACAAGGACAUCCAGGUGGUGGAGUUACCCAUCGUGGACAGCCUGCAACCCCGCCCCCCCUACCUGCCCCUGUCCAUCCCUGAAGACCUAGCCCAGCGCCUCCACCGGCUCCAUGGUGACCCGUCCGUGUGGUGGGUGUCUCAGUUUAUCAAGUACCUGGUCCAUCCUCAGGCCUGGCUGGAGAAGGAGAUCCAGGAUACCACAGCCAAGCUGGGUUUCAGGCACCCCAUCAUAGGGUACGUACAAAUAGGAAGGACACUCUUUUUGUGUCUGUCUCUUAAGAUUUUCAGUUUCAACAAUCCUCUUUCUCUAUACCUUUCUCUCUGCUUCUCUUUCAAACUGUCCCCAAAUCUCUUUUUUUGCUAUCUCCACAAUACUCUCUCUCUGUUUCUCGCUCUUCCUUCUCCCUCUUUCAAUAUUUCUGUCUGACAUACUUAUUCGUUAUCUUGAUCUUUCUCUCCAUCUGUCUGUCAAUUCAAUUCAAUUUCAAUUUAAGGGCUUUAUUGGCAUGGGAAACAUAUGUUUACAUUGCCAAAGCAAGUGAAGUAAAUAAUAAACAAAAGUGAAAUAAACAAUGAAAAUUGACAGUAAACAUUACACUCACAAAAGUUCCAAAAGAAUAAAGACAUUUCAAAUGUCAUAUUAUGUGCAAAUAGCUCAAGUACAAAACGGAAAACAAAUAACCAUAAAUAUGGGUUAUAUUGACAAUGGUGUUUGUUCUUCACUGGUUGCCCUUUUCUUGUGGCAACAUGUCCCAAAUAUUGCUGCUGUGAUGGCACACUGUGGUAUUUCACCCAAUAGAUAUGGGAGUUUAUCAAAAUUGGGUUUCUUUUCGAAUUCUUUGUGGGUCUGUGUAACUGAGGGAAAUAUGGGUCUCUAAUAUGGUCAUACAUUUGGCAGGAUGUUAGGUAUUGCAGUUCAGUUUCCACCUCAUUUUGUGGGCAGUGUGCACAUAGCCUGUCUUCUCUUGAGAGCCAGGUCUGCCUUCGGCGGCCUUUCUCAAUAGCAAGGCUCUGCUCACUGAGUCUGUACAUAGUCAAAGCUUUCCUUAAGUUUGGGUCACAGUGGUUAGGUAUUCUGCCACUGUGUACUCUCUGUGUAGGGCCAAAUAGCAUUCUAGUUUGCUCAGUUUUUUUGUUAAUUCUUUCCAAUGUAUCAAGUAAAUAUCUUUUUUUUUCUCAUGAUUUGGUUGGGUCUAAUUGUGUUGCUGUCCUGGGGCUCUAUGGGGUCUGUUUGUGUUUGUGAACAGACCCCCAGGACCAGUUUGCUUGGGGGACUCUUCUCCAGGUUUAUCUCUCUGUAGGUGAUGGCUUUGUUAUGGAAGGUUUGGGAAUUGUGUCCUUUUAGGUGGUUGUAGAAUUUAACGGCUCUUUUCUGGAUUUUGAUAAUUAGCGGGUAUUGGCCUAAUUCUGCUCUGCAUGCAUUAUUUGGCAUUUUAUGUUGUACACAGAGGAUAUGUUUGCAGAAUUCUGCAUGUAGAGUCUCAAUUUGGUGUUUGUCCCAUUUUGUGAAUUCUUGGUUGAUGAGCGGACCCCAGACCUGACAACCAUCAAGGGCAAUGGGUUCUAUAACUGAUUAAAGUAUUUUUAGCCAGAUCCUAAUUGGUAUGUCGAAUUUGAUGUUCCUUUUGAUGGCAUAGAAGGCCCUUCUUGCCUUGUCUCUCAGAUCAUUCACAGCUUUGUGGAGGUUACCUGUGGUGCUGAUGUUUAGGCCGAGGUAUGUAUCGUUUUUUGUGUGCUCUAGGGCAACGGUGUCUAGAUAAAAUGUGUAUUUGUGGUCCUGGCAACUGGACCUUUUUUGGAAAGCCAUUAUUUUUGUCUUACUGAGAUUUACUGUCAAGUCCCAGGUCUGACAGAAUCUGUGCAGAAGAUCUAGGUGCUGCUAUAGGCCCUCCUUGGUUGGUGACAGAAGCACCAGAUCAUCAGCAAACAGUAGACAUAUGACUUCAGAUUCUAGUAGGGUGAGGCCGGGUGCUGCAGACUGUUCUAGUGCCCUCGCCAGUUCGUUGAUAUAUAUGUUGAAGAGGGUGGGGCUUAAGCUGCAUCCCUGUCUCACCCCACGGCCCUGUGGAAAGAAAUGUGUGUGUUUUUUGCCAAUUUUAACCACACACUUGUUUUUUGAGUACAUGGAUUAUAUAAUAUUUUCCCCCAACAACACUUUCCAUCAAUUUGUAUAGCAGACCCUCAUGCCAAAUUGAGUCAAAAGCUUUUUUUAAAUCAACAAAGCAUGAGAAGACUUUGCCUUUGUUUUGGUUUGUUUGUUUGUCAAUUAGGGUGUGCAGGGUGAAUACGUGGUCUAUCUUACGGUAAUUUGGUAAAAAGCCAAUUUGACAUUUGCUCAGUACAUUGUUUUCACUGUCUCUCUCUCUCUCCCUCUCUCUCUCUCUCUAAAAGCUACUAUUCUCGCUCUAUCUAUCUCUCUCUCUCUCUCUCCUCUCUCUCUCUCUCUCUCUCUCUCUCUCAUCUCUCUCUCUCUCUCUCUCUCUGUUUCUCUAUCUCUCUCUCUCUUCACCAUUCAUUGUAUUACAUAUCUUUCGGUCUCUGCUGCAACUACAUUUUUCUCUCAGUCCUCUUUCAUUCUCCCUCUCCUACGUUACGGCUCUAUGAAUCAUCCUUUUUUACCAAUCAAACUUUCUCUCUCAUAGAUUGUGCACUUUAUUCUUCUUACUAACUUUUGUCUUUUUUUUGCACAUUCUCCGCAUUCUUUUCACUCUUGUCUUAUUUUUUGUCUUGCUCACCACUUUCUCUAUUUCCCACCAUUCGCUCUCCCUUCUUUAUUCACAUCUCUAUCACUUUGUCUUCUCUUGUCUCCUCUCCUCACUCUCCCCCCACUCUGUCACUGGGGAGUGCUGGUUUCCUCUGUUACUUUUCUUUUCUGCUCCACCUCAUGUUCUAAUAAAGUGCCUGAGUACUUCUAAUAAAGUGUCUGAGUACUUCUAAUAAAGUGCCUGAGUACUUCUAAUAAAGUGUCUGAUUACUUCUAAUAAAGUGCCUGAGUACUUCUAAUAAAGUCCCUGAUUACUUCUAAUAAAGUGCCUGAUUACUUCUAAUAAAGUGCCGGAUUACUUCAAAUAAAGUCCCUGAUUACUUCUAAUAAAGUGCCUGAGUACUUCUAAUAAAGUGCCUGAUUACUUCUAAUAAAGUGUCUGAGUACUUCUAAUAAAGUGUCUGAGUACUUCUAAUAACGUGCCUGAGUACUUCUAAUAACGUGCCUGAGUACUUGUGAAAAGCGUGAAAGCGACUAGAGGAGGAAAGCGAGGGGGGUUUCAGAGGGGGAGGGAGUGUAUGAGGUGUCUCUGAGGGAACGAGAUGGCGUAAGAGCCAGACUUUUGGCUACAGUGUCCCUGCUUCUCCCCGUUUCUCCCCGCUCCUGUGAAGAGCAAGGCUGCAGCAGCGGAUCCUCUACCCACAGUAGGCCUGCAACCCACCAGACCAAAGCAGUUAAAAGCAGCCAUCAGCACAGCCCCAGCCACAGCCACAGCUCCAGACACAGACACAGACCCAGACACAGAACCAGCCACAGCCCCAGCCCCAGAACCAGCCACAGCUCCAGCCCCAGCCCCAGAACCAGCCACAGCCCCAGCCACAGCCACAGCCUCAGAACCAGCCCCAGAACCAGCCACAGCUCUAGCCCCAGACACAGAACCAGCCACAGCCGCAGAACCAUCCCCAGAACCAGCCACAGCCCCAGAACCAGCCACAGCUCCAGCCCCAGACCCAGACCCAGCCACAGCCCCAGAACCAUCCACAGCCACAGCUCCAGUCACAGACCCAGCUCAGCUCCAGCUCCAGCCACAGACCCAGACCCUGCCACAGCCCCAGCCACAGACCCAGCCACAGACCCAGGGAUGACAGCCAGGGAGGAGGAGGAUGGAGGGAUGGCACAGCCAGAAGAGGACUGGCCACCCCUCAUAGCCUGGUUCCUCUCUAGGUUUCUUCCUAGGUUUUCGCCUUUCUAGGGAGUUUUUCCUAGCCACCGUGCUUCUACACCUGCAUUACUAGCUGUUUGGGGUUUUAGGCUGGGUUUCUGUACAGCACUUCGAGAUAUUAGCUGAUGUAAGAAGGGCUAUAUAAAAUAAAAUUGAUUGAUUGAUUGAUGGUGAGAUUGAUUACUAGAAUGCCGCCUGGCGCUAAGCACCCAGGCCAACGAACGGGCGGCGAAAUAAAGGGAGAAAAAGAAGAGACAACGAGAGGACAAAUAAAAUAGGAGGAGAGAUGAAAGGAGAGAGAAGGCGGGAGAAAGAGACAUGGCAGAGGGAAGAGAAGCGGAGGAGAGACAGAGACAUGAAAGCACUCAGUGUCACAAACACAUGCAGCUCUGCUCUUUUAUUCCUCUGUUCGCAUCUUUCUCUCGUUCAAACUCCCUGUCUUUCUGCCUUUAUUUUCACUCAUUACAUUGGCACCGUUUUUCUUUUUCUAUCUUCCAUUCUUUCUUUCUUUCUGUUUUUCUUUCUUUAAAUUGUUAAUUUCUUUCCUUUUUCUUUCCUUUCUUUCUUUUCUCUCUCUCUCUCUGAUUAUCGGCAAGACUGGCAAGGGCACAAUGAUGCUGCCUGAAUAAUUACAGUAGUAACUGAUGGUGAACGUGUUGAUUGACAGUAUGUGCUCCUAAACUCCUUCCCUCUCUCAGUAGUGCGCUCCCUUCCCCAAUUAACGAAGAGGAGGGAAAAGGGGAGAGAAAGCAAGAAAAAGAGGGAAAAGAGAUAAAAGAAGAUCUGCCCAGAAAGAUAGCUCUCUCCUCUCCUCUACCUCACUUCUCUCCUCCUCUCCCUCUCUCUCCCUCCUUCUCCCCCUCUUUCUCCCUCCCUCUCCCCCUCUCUUUCCCAUCUCUCCCUCUCUCUCACUCCCUUCCUCUCCAUCUCUCUCUCCCUCUCUUUCCCCUUCUCUCUCCCUCCCUCUCUGUAGGGUCCAUGUUCGGCGGACAGAUAAGGUGGGGACGGAGGCAGCAUUCCACCCUAUAGAGGAAUACAUGGUUCACGUGGAGGAACAGUUCCAAUACAUGGCCCGACGCAUCCACGUGGACAAGAAACGAGUCUACCUGGCAACAGAUGACCCAUCACUACUGCAAGAGGCUAAGACCAAGUGAGUAACCACCAAUACCCUAAUAAUGAAAGGGGAGUGAGUGUGUUGGGUGUGUGGGGUGGGGGUGGGUGUGUUUUGUGUCUGUGUGUGUGUAUGUUUGUGUGUGUGUGUGUGUGUGUGUGUGUGUGUGUGUGUGGUGUGUGUGUGUUCAUGGGUGCGUGUGUGUGUUUACAUGCAUGUGUGUGUGUCAGCGUGUAUGAUUGUGUUUCUGUUUGUAUGUAGAAGCCCAUACAGUAUGUGUAAUGCUGUGUCCUCCAGGUACCCAGACUAUGAGUUCAUCAGUGAUAACUCCAUCUCAUGGUCAGCCGGUCUGCACAACCGCUACACCGAGAACUCUCUUAGAGGAGUGAUCCUAGACAUACACUUCCUGUCACAGACCGACUUCCUGGUCUGCACCUUCUCCUCACAGGUAGGGGUGCCAUAUCCGACACAACUCCCUUUAUGGGAAUAUACAGUACAUUAUUCACUAACCUACAUUCUUACUUACCUGAAUAGCCAACUCAUAUUGUCAAUGAAAUGUUAAACAAGUGCAAUAGGAGAUGGCAAGGCAACACAAACAGAUCUGGGACCAGGCAACUUUUUCAUCUGAAUAAAUCUAAACAGCCAUAUACACGGAAUGUAAUUAAACUAACAUGAUUCUUCACACUUCCUGGUCACACUUCCUGUUUCCUGUAUACCUACUUCCUGUUUCCUGUAACCCUGUACCAGGUGUGCCGUGUGGCCUACGAGAUCAUGCAGACGCUGCACCCAGAUGCCUCCUCCUUCUUUCACUCACUAGACGACAUCUACUACUUCGGGGGCCAGAACGCCCACAACCAGAUCGCCAUAUACCCCCACCAACCCCGCAGCCCAGAGGACGUACCCCUGGAGCCCGGUGACAUCAUCGGCGUGGCAGGGAACCACUGGGACGGCUACUCGAAAGGGGUCAACCGUAAAAUUGGGCGCACCGGCCUCUACCCGUCCUACAAAGUGAAGGAGAAGAUCGAGGCCGUAAAGUACCCCACGUACCCCGAGGCGGACAAGCUGCUCUCAAACUCUCAACGGAAG